UCUACUAAUAGAAUGCGAUUCAUUAAUUUGUACGUGUGCGUGAAAAUGUGCGCACAUUUAGAAGAACUCCUGACUGUGCGUAAGCAGAAUCCCCUAGUGGUAGAGAACUGUAAUCACAUAUACACCCAGUGCCCUUAUACUUCUCCAAUUAAAUGUCAGUGUUGACAAAUUGAUUACUUGAAUACUUGAGUACAACAGGUGAUUCUGAGUUAUCUGGAACAGUCAAGAAUAUAAAAUAGCCUACACAAUUGAAGAACUGUUUUUGGAAAUGCAUUGACUACAAUGGCAGACCUUGCGCUUCUUGAAGAUUUGCAACAAGCACUUUUGCGCAGAGAUCGCGUUUUCAGGGACCGCACAGACUUACUCGCUGAGAGUGAUGAGUGGCUCAUUAGUCGUUUUCGUUUGCCAAGGGCAAUUUUGCUUGCUUUGUGUCAGCAGUUCUCGCAACUUUUGGAGAGGUCGACAAAGCGCACCAGUGCAGUCCCCGUGCACACUCAGGUUCUUUCUACUAUUGGCUUUUUAGCCACAGGCACAUUUCAAAGGGAAAUUGGUGACAGGUCUGGUAUUUCUCAACCCACCGUGAGCCGAAUUAUGCCACACGUUUUACAUGCAAUUAUAUCACUUACAUCACAGUACAUUACGUUUCCAAAUACCGCAGCGGAAAGGACAAAAAUUAUGACCGAUUUCUACAACAUCGCAGGAUUUCCAAGUGUAAUAGGGGCAGUUGACUGCACACAUGUUGCCCUGAAAGCUCCUACUGCUGAUGAAUUUGCAUUUGUAAAUAGAAAAGGUUAUCACUCCAUUAACGUGCAGGUAAUCUGUGAUGCACACUUGAUCCUGCUAAAUGUCGUUGCGAACAGGCCGGGAGGGACACACGAUUCCUUCAUUGUGCAGAACAGCAUCGUGGGACUUCGUCUUCAGCAAAGCGCUGCUGGAGAAGGCUGGCUUAUUGGGGAUCGAGGAUAUGCCCUUAAAUCCUGGCUGAUGACCCCAGUGGCAAACCCUGUAUCCCAAAAGGAGCUGAAUUACAACCGAGCACAUGAGCGCACAAGAAGCACAGUAGAACGUGCAAUAGGCUUGCUGAAGGCUCGAUGGCUGUGUCUGUCAGGCAGAGGAGGCAUAUUGCAAUACAAACCCGACAAGGUGUGCUAUAUCGUUAAAGCAUGCAGUGUGCUGCACAAUAUUGCCAUUAAAAACGGUAUACCACUGGAUGAGAUGCCAAUACAAGAAGAUCGCCACAUGGCAGAAGGUUUUGACCCCAUGCCAAAUGCUGUGGCCGUGCAACUAAGAGCAGGGAUAAUCGAACGGUUCUAAAUCUGUUUCACAAUAAGGAGUAAUUGUGAGAAAAUGAACCGCAUCAGUCAGGACUCGUGCCUCGAGACGCAUCGGACGUGCUGAAGUGGCAGGCGGAGCAGGACCUGGCAAAACUGGCAGAUCUAUAAAAUAAAUGUUACAUGAACAAUCCAAAUCAUUUGC